AUGGCAAGGCCCCUUGAACAGGCUGGAAGGGCUAUCAUGGCUGUCUUGCCACCUUCUAAUUUCCUAACACUACACUACAUAUAUUUUAUUAUUACUUGUGUCGUUAGCAGCAUCGUAUUCUACCUUACAUCGACACCAUGGCGGAGUGUUUCAUAUACCGACUCAAUUUUCCUAUGCGUCAGUGCGAUGACCGGUGCCGGCAUGAAUACAGUGGACUUGUCAACAUUACAUUCGUUUCAGCAAGCGAUUCUAUUCGUACUUAUUAUUCUUGGAUCCGUUGUUCUGGUCUCUAACGUUGUGCUGCUGGUGCGCAAACGGGCUUUCGAGAAUAAACUGGCUUCAACUCUGGCAUCGCGGAAUGAAGCCUCAAGAUCCCCUCAAAAUUGCAAGUCUUCGGGCUAUGACCUUGAGCAGCAGCAGAAUGGUCAUGCUCGUGUAAAGACUCUGGGAACGGAGGAAACCCAAGUCUUCUCUGAUUACGGUAACCAGACUGAAUGGAGGGAUGACGACGAGAUCACAAUGGCCGAUGUGCAACGUCACCAUCAUCAUCCACAUCGCGUAUUCCCGAUGGCCGGCGUUGGAGCCCGACCUGAUUUGCACAAUCACCCACGCGAUGUAGUGCCAGUCACUCCUUGCCCUGAAGAAGCACCAUACUCGGGAUUGAAGGGAGUGAUCCGAGGAACACAAAAGUACUUUUCUUCAAGAGGCUUGAUCGGGCGCAACUCACAGUUUCACGGGCUAACUGCAGCUGAGCGGGACAAGCUUGGGGGCGUCGAGUACAAGGCGGUCUCAUUUUUGACACUAGUUGUGUUUCUGUAUCUGGCCAUGUUUCUCGUCAUUGGAAGUGUCGGUGUGGGCGGAUGGCUGCAGUUGAACCAUCCAGAUAUUACACGCACAAAUGGACUCGAUCCUUUUUGGACUGGAGCCUUCUUUGCUGCGUCUGCGUUCGCGAACAGCGGCAUGUCGCUUUUGGAUGCCAAUAUGGUCGCCCUGCAGUUGAAUGCGUAUCCCCUAUUAACCUUGGGUUUCAUGAUUCUUGCCGGAAACACGCUAUAUCCUUGCUUCCUACGAUUGAUCAUUUGGACAAUGAGAAAACUGCUUCCAGAUAGACCAAACUGGCAUUGUUGGAGAACAACUCUCGAUUUUAUCCUUGAUCAUCCCCGAAGAGUUUAUACCAAUCUCUUCCCAUCACGCCACACAUGGUAUUUGCUCGGAACUAUUAUUAUCUUAAACGGUGUCGACUGGGCCGCGUUUGAGAUCCUUGCCAUAGGAAACAAAGAGAUCGAUGAACUACCCACAGAGUACCGCGUCCUGGAUGGACUGUUUCAGGCAUUAGCUGUUCGCGCUGGUGGAUUCUAUGUCGUUACUAUUGCUAAUCUGCGACAAGGACUGCUUGUACUUUAUGUGCUAGUGACGAUCCGCAACACAAAUGUUUACGAAGAACGCUCUCUGGGAAUAUACGCACAUGACGAAUCCCCUGACGAACCAGCAAAUACGAGCCGCAGCAACGUGAUAACAGAUUUAAUCCGCUACCACCUAGGCCGACCCAGCCUAUCCGAAAAAUCACGCGGCUACUUCGUUCACCAACAACUACGCUCCCAGCUAAGCCACGACAUUUGGUGGAUCGCACUAGCAGUGCUCUUCAUCGCAAUUGCUGAAUCCGACCACUACACAAAGCAACCCGUCGCAUUCUCGACCUUCAAUAUCAUCUUCGAGGUCGUCUCUGCCUAUGGCUGUGUCGGCGUCAGUGUCGGCUUUCCGGGGAAGAACUAUUCUUUUUGUGGUGCUUGGCAUCCUGUUAGCAAGUUGAUUCUUGCUGCUGUCGCUUUGCGUGGAAGACAUCGUGGUCUGCCCGUUGCCAUUGAUAAAGCUAUUAUGCUUCCUACUGAGUCUUUGGCGUGGGCUGAAGAAGAAGAUGCUGCUUUGAGAAGAGAGAGGACUAGAGCCUGGGGACAGGAUCGCAUGCCUGCUGGGUCUGUUUAG